CCCCCCCCAACUGCCGGGGGCUGGACUCGGCCCCGCUGCUAUAAAAGGGCCGCCGUCCCGGAGCUGCCGCAGUGCCACCCGCCCCGUCCCAGCGCCAGGCGCCCGCUCCACCAGCUCCACUCCCGGACCUGCUCCAGCCAUGAUGAGCUUCGGCGGCGCCGACGCGCUGCUGGGCGCCCCGUUCGCGUCGCUGCACGGGGGCAGCAGCCUGCACUACGCGCUGGCUCGGAAGGGCGGCGCGCGCUCGGCCGCCGGCUCGUCGAGCGGUUUCCACUCGUGGGCGCGGACGUCCGUGAGCUCCGUGUCGGCCUCGCCGAGCCGUUUCCGCGGCGGCGCGGCCGUCGCCUCGAGCACCGACUCGCUGGACACGCUGAGCAACGGGCCGGACGGCGGCGUGAUGGCGGUGGCGGCGCGCAGCGAGAAGGAGCAGCUGCAGGUGCUGAACGACCGCUUCGCCGGCUACAUCGACAAGGUGCGGCAGCUGGAGGCGCACAACCGCAGCCUGGAGGGCGAGGCGGCGGCGCUGCGCCAGCAGCAGGCGGGCCGCGCGGCCAUGGGCGAGCUGUACGAGCGCGAGGUGCGGGAGAUGCGCGGCGUCGUGCUGCGCCUGGGCGCCGCGCGCGGCCAGCUGCGCCUGGAGCAGGAGCACCUGCUGGAGGACAUCGCGCACGUGCGCCAGCGCCUGGACGACGAGGCGCGGCAGCGGGAGGAGGCCGAGGCGGCGGCGCGCGCGCUCGCCCGCUUUGCGCAGGAGGCCGAGGCGGCGCGCGCCGAGCUGCAGAAGAAGGUGCAGUCCCUGCAGGAGGAGUGCGGCUACCUGCGGCGCCACCACCAGGAGGAGGUGGCCGAGCUGCUCAGCCAGCUCCAGGGCUGCGGCGCGGCGCAGGCCCAGGCCCAGGCCGACGCGCGCGACGCCCUCAAGUGCGACGUGACGUCUGCGCUGCGCGAGAUUCGCGCUCAGCUCGAAGGCCACACGGUGCAAAGCACGUUGCAGUCCGAGGAGUGGUUCCGAGUGAGGCUAGACCGACUGUCAGAGGCAGCCAAGGUGAACACAGAUGCCAUGCGCUCAGCACAGGAGGAGAUAAGUGAGUACCGGCGCCAGUUGCAGUCCAGGACCACAGAGCUGGAGGCACUCAAAAGCACCAAGGACUCGCUGGAGAGGCAGCGCUGUGAGCUGGAGGACCGUCAUCAAACCGACAUUGCCUCCUACCAGGACGCUAUCCAGCAGCUGGAUGCUGAGCUGAGGAACACCAAGUGGGAGAUGGCAGCCCAGCUCCGCGAGUAUCAGGACUUGCUCAAUGUCAAGAUGGCUCUGGAUAUUGAGAUUGCGGCUUACAGAAAACUCCUGGAGGGUGAAGAGUGUCGGAUUGGCUUUGGCCCGAGUCCCUUCUCCCUUCCAGAGGGACUCCCUAAAAUGCCUUCCACGGCCACUCACAUCAAGGUCAAAAGCGAAGAGAAGAUCAGGGUGGUAGAAAAGUCAGAGAAGGAAACCGUGAUCGUGGAGGAACAGACAGAGGAGAUACAAGUGACCGAAGAAGUGACUGAGGAAGAGGAGAAAGAGACCAAAGAGGAGGAGGGCGAGGAGGAGGAACAGGGAGAGGAGGAGGAAGCAGAGGGGGGAGAAGAAGCAACAAAGUCUCCCCCAGCAGAAGAGGCCAAGUCACCAGCCAAGACCCCCAUGAAAGAAGAAGCAAAAUCGCCAGCUGAGGUGACGUCCCCUGAGCAGGCCAAGUCCCCAGUGAAGGAAGAGGCCAAGUCCCCAGCAAAGGAGGAAACCAAGUCCCCAACUGAGGUCAAGUCCCCAGAGAAGGAGGAGGCCAAGUCCCCAACUGAGGUCAAAUCCCCUGAAAAGGCCAGGUCUCCGACGAAGGAAGAAGCUAAGUCCCCCGAGAAGGCCAAGUCCCCAGCAAAGGAGGAAGCCAAGUCCCCAUCUGAGGUCAAGUCCCCUGAAAAGGCCAGGUCUCCGACGAAGGCCAAGACUCUUGAUGUGAAGUCCCCGGGAGCCAAGACCCCAGUGAAGGAGGAAGUAAGGUCCCCCGCAGACAUCAAAUCACCCCUAAAGCCCAAAAGCCCUAUCAAGGAGGAGGUCAAGUCCCCGGAGAAGGUCAAGUCUCCCGUGAAGGAGGAGGCCAAGGCCCCUGAGAAGGUCUCCAAGAAGGAAGAGGCGAAGUCCCCCAUGAAGGAAGACGAGAAACCCCAGGAGGUGAAAGUCAAAGAGCCACCGAAGAAGGGAGAGGAAGAGAAAGCUCCAGCCACACCCCAAACCGAGAAGGACAGCAAGAAAGAUGAGGUGCCCAAGAAGGAGGCUCCCAAGCCCGAGGUCCGGGAGAAGCCCAAAGAAUCCGUAGCUGAAGCCAAGAAGGAAGAGGCUGAGGGCAAGAAAAAAGCAGCGACUCCAGAGAAGGAGGCUCCUGCCAAGGAGAAGGAAGAGGCGAAAGCCAAAGAGAAGACCGAGGUGGACAAGAAGGACCCAGGUGAUGCCACGGCCAAAGGACCCAGCAAAGCAGCGGAGAAGGGGCCAGAAAAGCCAAAGAAGGAAGAGACGCCGGCGGCACCCGAGAAAAAAGAUGCCAAGGAGGAGAAGGCCACAGAGGCCAAGAAGCCGGAGGAGAAACCCAAACCGGAGGCCCGAGCCAAGGAAGAGCCCAGCAAGGCCAAGACGGAAAAGGCUGAGAAAUCCUCUAGCACAGACCACAAAGACAGCAGGCCCCCAGAGAAGGCCACAGGAGACAAGGCCGCCCAGGGGGAGAAGUAAAGGGAGACAGGAGCAUCCAAAGAAACUCAGGAGGGUCUGGGAGUCCGAGGGUCGGCAUAAUCAAUUUUCAUUUUUCUCUCCCUUCUCUUUAUAGAAGAAACUCUGCUUAGCCGGUGGGGCUCUCCCUCACCAAACAAGACGUUGUUAGCAAUAUGUUACCAAGGAAGGGCACUCCCCACCCUGCCCCCCGUACCCCGAGCCCUCCCCAGGCGAUGGACCAUUAUGUUAUGAUAGCUUAUGUAGCGGAAUGUGAUAUAUGCCGAAUGCCACACUAAACACUUGACUGUAAAAACUGCCCCCCCUCCUUUCCAAAUAAGUGCAUUUAUUUCCUGUAUGUGCAACUGACAGAUGACCGCAGUAAUGAAUGAGCAGUUAGAAACACAUUAUGCUUGAGAUGUCUUAACCUAUUCCCAAAUGCCUUCUGUUUUCCAAAGGAGUGGUCAGGCCCUUGCCCAGAGCUCGCUCCCCUGGAAAAGCCGGAGUGGGUGGGGCUGGGCACUGAACCAUGCCAGGGCGCACUUUUCACCGGAGACCACUUUCAAUUGCUUCUGUGCAAUAAAAACAAGUGCUUAUGAAAUGA